CCCUUCCCGCCUGCCGGCCGGCUGGCCCAACCCCGCCUCAGCCGUUUAAUACCCUUCGGGUGGCCGCCUGCGCUUGGACUCGCUUCGGCAGCGCCGUUCGGUCUUUCUUUCGCUCCGCCGGCGGCGACAGCUCAGAGCCCCGGACCUUGGAGGGGGGUUCGAGCGGCAUGCUGCUGGAUGCGGGGCCGCAGUUCCCCGCGCUGGGAGUGGGCACGUUCGCCCGGCACCCGCCCCCGUCGGCGGCGGAGAUGCAAGAGCGCGAACUGAGCCUGCAGAACAGCUUCGUGGACUCGGCGGCGGCGGCGGCGGCGGCUCACCUGGGGGCCUUCAAGCUCAACGCGGCGGCGGCGGCGGCGGCGGCUCACGAGCUCUCCCCGGGGCAAGGCUCGGCUUUCAGCUCGCAGGCACCGGCUUACCCGCACGCCGCCCAUGUCGGCUCCUACUCCGGGCCGCCUUUCAACUCCCCGCGGGACUUCUUGUUUCGGAGCCGAGGCUUCGGGGAGCCGGCGGCGGGCGGCGGCGGGCAGCACGGGCUCUUUGGGGCGGCGGCAGCGGCGGCCACCGGCAGCCUACACCACCCGCACGCGGAGGCGCAGAGCCACCUGCUCUUCCCGGGCAUCGGAGAUCAGCAUGGCGCUCCCGGUUCCCCCAACGUACUCAACGGGCAGAUGCGCUUGGGCUUACCCGGAGAAGUCUUCGGUCGGUCGGAUCAGUACCGGCAGGUGUCCAGCCCCCGAACUGAUCCUUAUUCGGCGGCCCAGCUGCACGGCCAAUACGGCCCCAUGAAUAUGAACAUGGGCAUGAACAUGGCGGCACACCACGCUCACCACCCGCACGCCCACCCGCACGCCCACCACCAUCACCACCAUCACCACCACCACCCCGGGGCCUUCUUCCGCUACAUGCGCCAGCAAUGCAUCAAGCAGGAGCUGAUCUGCAAGUGGAUCGACCCGGAGCAGCUCAGCAGCCCCAAAAAGAGUUGCAAUAAAACUUUCAGCACCAUGCACGAGCUGGUCACCCACGUCUCCGUCGAGCACGUCGGGGGCCCCGAGCAGAGCAACCACAUCUGCUUCUGGGAGGAGUGUCCGCGCGAAGGGAAGCCCUUCAAGGCCAAGUACAAGCUGGUCAACCACAUCCGCGUGCACACGGGCGAAAAGCCUUUCCCAUGCCCCUUCCCGGGAUGCGGCAAGGUCUUCGCCCGCUCCGAGAACCUCAAGAUCCAUAAAAGGACGCACACAGGGGAAAAACCCUUCCAGUGUGAGUUCGAAGGCUGUGACAGGCGCUUUGCCAACAGCAGCGACCGGAAGAAGCACAUGCACGUCCACACUUCGGACAAACCCUACUUGUGCAAAAUGUGUGACAAAUCUUACACUCACCCCAGCUCUCUGCGGAAACACAUGAAGGUUCAUGAAUCUUCCCCGCAAGGCUCCGACUCCUCGCCUGCUGCCAGCUCUGGCUACGAAUCCUCCACCCCUCCCGGUUUGGUGUCCCCCAGCACAGAGACCCAAAGUACGGCCGCCUCCAACUUGUCUCCGGCUGCUGCUGCGGCUGCAGCCGCCGCAGCAGCGGUGGCGGCGUCUGCAGUUCAUCGGAGCGGUAGCAGCAGCGGCACGGGUGGGUCGGGCGGCGGCGGCGGCGGCGGCGGCGGCGGGAGCCACAGUAGCCUCACCUCCAAUUUCAACGAGUGGUACGUCUGAGGACGCCCAGUGCUGCUGCCACUCUUCUUGGAUCCCUGGGGACCAAGCAGUCGGAGUCCGUUUUGCAACUCUCUGUUUUGUCUCUCAUUCACUCUCUUUUUUCUCCUUUUGCUUGAAUUCGAAACAUUCCGAAGCAGAGAGAAAGAGAAAGACUGAGAAAGAGAGAGAGAAAUGCGGAGAGGGGCUCUUAAAAAAAAAGCGGAAUAUGGAGGAGCAAAGGGUUCUCCCCACCAGAGACAGCCGCUGCCUCCACACUUGCAAAUAUUCCGUAUGCAGAGAUUUGUCCUCCAAGCGCCUUGCGGACAAAAGAUCAAAGCUCGUCCAUCUCUCCCAGUGUACAUAGAAGAAUCCAAGGUGGUAAUCAACCUUUUCUUAUUGUAUAGAAAUUGGUCCACUUUGUGAGCUAUGGAUUGCUUUUUCUUUAUCAUUUCUCACUCAGAACUCUUUCUGCCUCUUGAGCAUCCUUUCUCUUCUCUUCUCUUCUCUUCUCUCCUCUCCUCUCCUCUCCUCUCCUCUCCUCUCCUCUCCUCUCCUCUCCUGGUUCCUCCCCAUUCUUAAAUUUACCAAUUUUAAAAGGGGAGAAGAGAAAAACAUGAAAGCAAAUGGUUUUUUCCCCCUGUAAUUGUGGUAUUGAAUAUUGUGUUCCCUUUAAAAGAGGCAACUUUGAUUGUAAACUUCAUUGAAAUAUAGAUCUGAAAGAUUUUUUUAAAAAGUGCCAAAGUCUCUAUGUUGUUUUCAAAAUGACCCAGAUAAAUUUCCCCCUUCUCCCAACACUUGUGAAUGUAUUUUCUGUUAGCUGGGUUUACAUGUGAUGUUUUAGUGCUUUUUGCUAGUUCCUGUUUGGAAAUUUGUGGGGGUGGGGUAGGGAAAAUAAACGUAGUGCUGUUAGGGAUUUUUUUUCCGUAAUAACACCCUUCCUUGUGUAAAUACCUAUUGCCAUAUUUAUCCAUUUGUAAUUAAAUUAUGGUAUUAACUUGCUACAGAGGAAACAGUAUUUAUAAAAAAUGUUUCUUAACUAUAAAUAUGUACAAUUGUGAGCAUAAACUGUUUCA